AUGGGAGGUCAGAGCGCGCAUGUGACGCCCACGAAAGGUGCCACCGUCUUGAACACUGCACCGGCACUUAGGUCGGGUAGCGGGUUGAAACCAAAAAAGAAGCGAAUUACUCAAGCUCAGCUAGUGAACCUUAUCAGGCGAAUCAUGGGCGUCGGCGCAGCUCUCAUGUGUUUGACCAAUUACCUCAGAGCAACCAUUGUCACGUUCCAAGUACUAAGGGGGUCUCCAGUCGAUUCAAGAUCCUUCGGUACCAUGGAAUCCAAACUCAUUCUUGGAUAUCUCGGUGACGGCUUGAUUCGUGAUAGCCCACUUGUUAAGAACUUCCUAGGUGGAGACACAACCUCUCGUGACUAUGCUCUCUUUCUCGAGAACGAGACUACUACGUCAACCGAGAAAUGUGAGGGGGUUGAGCUGUUUGAUGCUGACAUUUACAGUAGCGACUUUCUCCGUACCAACUUCGAGAGCGCGAUCGCUAGAGGCUCCUACAACCUUACGCAACUAGCCGACUUGGAGCUCGUGGUGCCUGUUAUCGACUGCACUUCACCACCUCUAGUUAAGGGAGACCCAUCGUUGCUGCACGUUUUCAACGUUGUUCGCCACAAAAGUGACCCGACCAACGUCCAACUCAUUACGACGUCCGUCUCAAUCCAAGAUUAUCGAAUUCCAGAGGCAAACCGAAUGGGACCUGCCAUUGUGACUGCACUCUUUGCUGUAAGUGAUAUGAAAGCAACGAAGCUAGAUCAGUACAUUGUGAUUGGAUUGGACUAUGCGUUCACGCAUCAGCCGCUCUACGAAGUGUACACGCUUGAAGGGAUAUCAACGGAUGGCUACUGGAACCUCACUAGCAUCCCAGAGAGUGUUGUCGUGAAUCCAGUUAAGACAGUACUCACCGCACGUCGCCGUGGAUUUUAUCUUGGAGCUGAAUCGGAGCAGUCUAACAUCCGCAAUCUUGUCUGGAAUUUGGAGAAGACGAAUCCAACUCGAGCGAUUUCCCGAUGGGAAUGGAGAGGUCAGCCUCUCAUUCUUGACUCCUGGGCCUGGGUUCAUGGUAUUCAUUUGGUCUUCUGCAUCCAAACUCUUUUUUCUCUGAGUGUACUAGCACUCAUAGUGUAUCGGAAUGUACGCGACGGGAAAGUUUGGAUUGGCGACUCCUUUGCCUCCUUAUCGAACAGCACACUCAUGGUUCGCGGUCUCCUGGUGUUUGCCUCCUGGUAUGUCAAUGGAGAAUGGACACUUCUCGAGUUCUGCAUCUCAAAUGCCAAUGACCUCACGGGCACUCAACUCGUACCGAUUCAUUCAGAAAUUGUACACGCAGACCUCAUGGUGAUGUUUCUCAGUCUAUUUGGACUUGUAGGCCACAUUUUCAAAGAAAGAAUCGAUCCUACUAUCGGUGUUUUCCUCUACGAGGCCAUCCACGACAAUCGCCAGCCAAUUGUGAAGAUGGCACCUGCAGUGCUUAAGACUGUUCGCGCCUACUCCGAUAAGGAAUAUCGUCUCGGAAUUGCUACAGUCACCGAUUUGCAGCGUGAAAUGUCGCCUAUGAGGCUGUGGACAACGGACAAGCUCACGAGCGUUGACAACAAGUUUAUCGUGGCCUCAUUCUACCCCAAGUAUAUCCUCACGGGAACGUUGAUUUCUUACGUGGUGGUGCGUAAAAUCUACAAGAAAAUCUACCCGGACCCGCUAGCUCCAAGCCUCACCGGCAGAAGUGCCGAUCGAUCCACGAACGAGCGGGCUGCGAUGGCUCAGAAGGGAAAUCUUACCAACUUUGAGAUCUCCACGGGUGCAGAGCUUCAGGCUCGCUACGGUCUUAUCUCCGACUACAAGAAUUAUGUUUUCUUCAAAGGCUUGAAGUUUGCAUCCCCAGACGGUGUCUACUGCUCAGGCUACGUGGUCGUCAACGGCAAAUAUCUUGUCGCUACAGAAGACCUACUUACCAUCGCUAUGAUCAAGGCCGUGCAGACUCGCUUUAUUAAUGUGUACGCCUACGAAGUUGAUGGUUACACUGUCCAACGCACAGCUAGACUCGUGUACCCGAAUACGUUCUCGUGGAACGACCUCUUCCACCUCAACAUUAACAUCCUAGCGUAG